AUGCAGGAUGCUGAUGUCAAAAGCCAAGGCGUCAUUCCCCAAGGGUCAAUUUGCUUCCUGAAGGGUGCAGCACGUGUGACAACAGCAAUUGCUGCAGUGGUGGCAUGUUCCAAGUUGUUUUUCAACAUGAAGAUGAGUCAGCGAGGUGCAAUCCGAAAAGCACCAAGUUCUAUGUCAUGGGUGGUCUCCCUCACCAACAUGUCCAUUGGGUCCAAGACAUUCGAUUGGGCUGGUGUCAUCAGACAAUGGAAUGAUGUGGCUGCCCGACCAGACAGGCUGAUUGGGGCCAAGAACAUGGCUGUGACAAACCUUUUCCAGAUGCCCCAGCCGGUCAGAGAUGCAAUCCUGGAGUGUGUGUCACGCUAUGGAUGGGAAGGUUCCAUCGUGGAGGAGCUCACCACCCAGAUUCCAAAUAUAGAAGGUGUCCUGAAGACCAAGUUCCUUGAGCGGCUGGAAAGAGGUGAUACAACACUUGAAAUGGAUUUGUUGGGCGCAGUUGAGGGAAGAUCAGAGGCGUGGUUACCACGUGAAAAUGCAUGCAUCAUGAGCAUCUUGAAUGAGAUGGCACCGGACAAGCUUCCACGAGAUGUGGUGUCACAAGGGGAUUUGGAUGGUGCAAAGGCAACCAUUGAUGCUUCAGCCCUUCAACUGCUGCUUGAAGAACUCAGAUAUGAUGAGAAGUGUCUGAGUGCAUACUUCACCAAGUUGAAUUCCUAUCAAGUACGCCUCUCACACCAACGAGAUGAAUGGAUUCAGAAGCGACUGGAACGUGCCAAAACAUCAGUCAACAAGUGGUUCGAUGCAAAGGUCUCUUCGAUGUGCUGGCCAGAGAGGAUUGAUGGAGCCGCUGCCAUCAACCUCAUGGCACAAGUUGAGCAAGCUACACAGACAUGGAUGCAGUCUUUGCAACUGCGGACGCCAGCAUACCUGUUCAUUGCGAACUUUUCAGCCCCAUCACUCAUCAAGUCAGAGCUGGUCCCCUGCAUCCUUAACUUGGUGGGUCGGAUGGUGUCCGCCAAUGCAGCUACCAGUGCAGCAACCUUCAUCUCACCUGUCUUUGCCAGCAAGAACCAGAACUUGUUUCAGGAAGAAUACGGCCUUCUUCGAACACUGAGCAAUGCUGGCUGUGCAGUGGACAUUGGGUUCCAGCUGUUGUUUGACCCCAAGUCAAAGGAUACCCGGGAUCAAAGGCCAAUGGCGUACUCUGGCAAAUUCAUCAGCCCCCACCAGUCCACCCUUGAUGUGGCCAAGGAGCAGUGGCUGUGGAAGGACAGUGCGCUGAAUCGCCUUCGCAGGACAGUUGGUGAGGCCAAACAGAUUCCAGCCAAGGCUAUGAUAGUCAUGGAGGAAGUUGGGAGCACAGCACUACCUGGUGCAACUUCUGUACCCCAUGGAGCCCCAAAGUAUUCCCAGCUUGGCAGUGAUGCUGCAGAACAAUUGGUGAUGUCUGCAUUGGACGGAGUUACCUUUCCAAACUCGACUGGAUUGGUGGUGGUCGACUGCAACCCUGGGGUGGGGAACUUCAUGGAAGCUUUUACCCAGGUGAUCCAGAAAAACAAUGUGGCAGCACUGUAUGUGCCUAUCUUUGGUGAUAUGGAACACCGUGAUUGGUUCGACCAAUUUUGGAGUUCUGAACUUUGCCAGCAAUUUCAAGAGGGGAAAUUGGCAGUCCCAGGUUGCGAGAGGCUCCAAGAUGAUCCACCACCAGAACAUUUAGAAGCACCACCCGAGCCACCUGCCCUCAAGCGAUGUGUCUAUGGCAAGGUGGAUGGUGAAAUUGUCACCAUUGAGAUCCCCAAUGCAGUGCACAAUGCCUGGGAGAAGCAUGAUGAUUUCCAGACCUUUCAUCAGGACUUUGUUGGCCGCAAUCCCCCAGCAAAAUCCUUCAAGGGCCAGAAGGGGAACAAAAAGGAUGGCAACAAGCAGCCUGGACCCAAAAUUCCACCCAAGAAGCGUCGCCUCGUCCCUGAUCUGUCGGAUUGCAUUGUGGAUCUCGAUCAGGUGUCUCCUGCGGCUGAUGAUGAAACAUUGUGCAGUGUUCCCAUUCUCAAUGCCCGAGCAGCAGCCAAGCUAUCAACCAUGCCAGUGCUGUGCAUCACAAAGAAGUUGGGUGCAUACAUCAAAAACGAAAGUGGACAUGAGGUGACCAUGGCAGAGGGAAGCCUACUUUGUGGCUUUGGAAAGGCCAAGUUCAUGGAAUGUCCAGUGGACUUGUCGACAUUGGAUCCCGAUACCCAGAUCAUGUUUGAUUGCACUGGAGACACCUUUGCAUCCAUUGACAAGGAGAUUACUGGCUCCAUGCAGGAGAUCCUGACUUAUGCCAAAGAAAAGAAACCGAGCAAUUGCAAAAUCUGCUACCACACGGCCACGACUGAGCCAGAUGGAACAUGGAUCAUCAAGAAGGAGGGGUGUGGGAACAGCAUAUUGUAUUACAUUUAUCUUGCACUGUUUUUUGUUUAG